GCAGGAGGGGGCGAGAUACGAGCAUCACUAUUUGAAUUUCAGGACAGCAGCGACAUAGAUCCUAACAGGUUUAAAAAGUAGUCCAUGUCAGUGACAGUUGCUGACAGGGUGGUUUAUUUUGGGGGUUUCAGCACUGGACAGCUCUCCCCGCGUGUCUCCCCGCGUGUCUCCUCUUCACACGCGCGCUUCUGGCACGUGCGCCGGGACGAUGAGCAUCUCUCAGAGCCGGUGGGGGGCACGAGCAGAGCGCAUGGCGCACUCCCUCCACCAUCCUCCCCACAACUGCUGCCGCUAAAACCUCGAGAGAUGAGCACAUAUGCGGGGAUACCGGAGUUCCUCCUGGAAGUGUCCAUCGUGGUGAUCGCCGUGGUCUCGCUGCUGACCAACGUGUCCGUGCUGCUAUGCUUGACCCAGAGCGCCGAGCUGAGGUCGCACGUGCCCGGGCUCUUCAUCCUGAACCUCUCCUUCUCCAACAUCCUCCUCGCCAUCGUCAACAUGCCCGCCACUUUCCUCGGGGUGGACCAGAGCGCAAAGCCCUUCGGCCACUUGUUCUGCCAGGCUGUGAGUUUCGCGGAGACUUUCCUCACCACUAAUGCCAUGUUGAGCAUGGCCGCGCUCAGCGUGGACAGGUGGAUAGCGGUGGUGUUUCCCCUGAGCUACUCCAGCAAGAUGCGCUACAGGGACGCGCUCCUGAUCGUGGCGUACUCGUGGCUACACUCGCUCGCGUUUUCUGUCUCCCAGCUGCUGAUGGACUGGGGGGGAUACAGCCACACCUACGCAUCCUGCACGCUGCACCUGGCCGGGGAGGAGAGGUCGAUGCAGCUCGCAGCCUAUACGACCUUCACGGUGCUGUUCCACCUCAGCAGCUUCGCGCUCUGCCUCUUCGUCCUGUGCUUCGCCUACCUGAAAGUUCUGAGAGUGGCCAGGUCCCACUGCAAGAGGAUAGAUGUGAUCACAGUGCAGACCCUGCUGCUGCUGGUCGAUAUUCACCCCAGUGUGAAGGAGAGAUGUCUGGCAGAACAGAAGAAGAGGAGGCAGCGCGCCACUAAGAAAAUUUGCAUCUUCAUCGGCUCCUUCAUCCUCUGCUAUUCACCCUAUGUUAUAACAAGGUUGCUGGAGUUGUUGCCCUCCAUGCACAUCCCUCGGUACAUAGGUAUCACCACCAAAUGUCUUUCCUAUGCCAAGGCCUCCAGUGACCCAUUUGUCUACUGUCUGCUGCGGCAUCAGUACAGGAAGGUCCUUGUCAGUAUCAUCGGCCGGGUUCUGAGACAGGAUCGUUACUCGCUGUCUGCCCACAGCAUUAGCAGCACACUGGACACCGCAGACGAUUCCUGCAUUGCUAGGAUUACUUGAGCUCAAUAUGCUAGUUUUGAAGUGAGUCAUUACCUUCAUCACCGUCUGCAGGAAGGUUCAGAGGUCAGGCACUUUAGAAAUUCGCUGCCCCGCCAAUGGAAAGGUGUCAGUGCCUUGCUCAAGGACACUUGAGGGCCUGAACCAUGGGACUGUUCAAGCCAGUGUAGACAGUGAGACCUCUGAUGUUUGCCAAAGGCCCUUCUCAGAGUGUUGUUUCCACAGGGCUCAUUACUUUACCUGCUGAGGCAAUCCCAAAGAUACACCACAUGAAAACCACAGCACUAUGCCAUCAAUGGAAAUGUGUGUUUUAAAUUAUCUUAAAUUUUUCAGGAAGUGGUCUUCAUUUUUCAGUGCAAAACUGGGGGAAAACAUUAUUGACUGUUUUGAUGCUAAUAUUACAGAUUGUGAUAUUUUUUAAAAGAAAUGUGUGAGGAUGUUAUAUCAUAGAAAAAAACACAGAUUUAAUAAUAAACCCUACUGGCACAGAUACACUUAGUCUACUGUUUGAGUAAAGCAUCAUUAAAUGUCAUACAAUGAUACUGUUGGAUGUAUCUAUUAUAUAUUAUCUGACAGUUGUGAUAAAAAAGUGGUUUACACUGUUUUGCUACAUGAACUCUCAACAGAUCAUGUUCACAUCCACAAAGUGUGAACAGUUCAAACAGAUUAAUCUGAAUUGUAGUAUUUUUUUAGGUUGAAAUAGAAGAAUUAUAAUUUGAAAACACAUUUACCUUACUAUUCCUUUAACUGUCAACUUUUUCAACUCCCCACCCAAUCAUUUCCAAGUGGUAUUACACAUGUCUACUGCUCUUUUCACCUCCAAAGUGUGAAUAAACUGUAAAAAUCACAAUUUAAACUAGAAGUCUCCCUAUCUCUGUUUGCAGGUAUUUCACACAUAUUUCUUGACUGGGUUAACUCAGACCCUGUGCAGUGGUGCUCUUCUUUUUUAAUUCAAUUAUCCAUUGUUAAUCUGGUGGCUCUGCAACGUAGCCGCAAUCUGAAGUAGUGCAAUUGCCGGGUAAACAGAAGUGCUUUUGGUUACUUAAUGGUAGACGUGUUUCCUUGGCGUGGUAAAUCGAGCCUUCAUCUGUCAGUGAAAUCUUUUAUGAAAUUACACAAUUGUAUGGUGAAAGUGAGGCUUAUGUGGCCGACGGUUUCAUCUUUCAUAGCCAUCACACUGUAGCCUUUUCCAAUGAUCCAAGCUCCCAUGUGUCACUUGGUCAGCAGAGUCUCUUGUUUUGACUUGUGUUCCCACGAAU